UGUUCACUUCUAAAACGUAUUUUGUCGAGUAUUCGAUAUCACAGUGGAGAUGAGGAUAAAAUGGAGUUCAGCGAGUGGUUUGAUGUCCAAACAGAUAGAUUUCAUGAAGAUUUUGGAAAUAAGUCAGAUAAAGAAGCAAAUAGAAGUUUUGCUCACAUUCAUGCCUGAUGAAAUCUUAUACCUUCCCAUGGAAGAAUUGAGCAGAGUUCACAAUUUUGUUGGCGUACUUUUAUUCGCCGAUGUUUCCGGUUUUACGCCACUCACAGAAAAAUAUAACAAAACAGGAAAAGGUGGAAUAUACAAAUUGACUGCCACUCUUAAUGCUUACAUAGGAGCCAUAGUCGAGGUAAUUUACUUUUUUGGCGGAGAUGUACUCAAGUUUUCUGGAGACGCUUUCCUUGCUCUCUGGAAGGCUCCAAACGAUGUGUGCCUCUACUCCAUCAUUCAUGAGGUGAUAAUUUGCGCACUCUUCAUACAGAAGAAUCUGGGUUACUUCGAGACAGAAGUCAACGUGUUGCUGAAGGUAAAACUGGCCAUUUCUUGUGGAAAUCUCACGAUUUCUGUGAUCGGGGAUGAGAAAUUCAAGAAUUACGUAAUACUAGGGCAGGCAGUUCACGAUGUCAAGGCUGCUGAACAUGUCAGCGUUUCUGGGGAUAUCGUCGUCUCGCCUACGGCAUGGGGUCAUGUCGCAGAACAAAACUAUGAUGCAACUUUCGCCGAUGGUGGUAAUGUAAAGGUUUGGAAAUGCUCAACCAAAUCUAUUGAGAAAGAGAGGGAAAAGCAAUACAAAGAAAAAUUCCAGAAAGUUGGGGAACUAUGCCAGUUGCACAUUGAGCUAAGGAAUGCUCUACAUCAAAAUAAGAAUUUGAGUGAGAGCAUAACUGACAGCUAUCUGAUUGAAAAGUUUGUCCAAUCCCUGCCUCCAAGGAAAACUACCAAGGUGGCUGUGGAACAGUGGAUUAUGAACGAACUGAGUCCAUUUAUCAUCAAGCCAGUUUUAGAACAGGUUGAAGAGAAACAACCACUUCAGUACCUUACAGAAAUGCGGGAGGUUACCAUUCAGUUUAUUAAUAUUGUCCCAUCAACCUACGAUGAAGAUAGGUUGAUAGCAAUGGUUGAUUCGGCUUACAAAAUAGUUUGCAAUAUUGCAUCGGACGUUUUAGGAGUUGUUAAUAAGGUGUCUUUGUUUGACAAGGAUGCAAUGAUGCUGGUACUCUUCGGGCUAAAGGGUGUAAGACAUGAGUUGGAAAGUCAAAAUGCCCUGAAGUCAGCCUACAAAAUAAGAAAAGAAAUCAUAAAGCUGCCGAACGUCAAAAGUAUUUCCGUUGGUAUCACUUAUGGUCUUGUCUACUGCGGAGUUGUAGGUCAUCCCUUAAGAAAAGAAUACACAGUCAUAGGAGGGGCAGUUAACAAAGCAGCCAGAAUAAUGUGCGCCUAUGAGCAUAAGGUAACAUGUGACUUUGAAACCUACAACAACUCCAAGCUUUCAUCGACUUAUUUCCAGCUGCAAUCUGCUUUACAGCUGAAAGGUAUCGAAAGUGCGGGAAACAUUUUUGAAUAUAAUGAAAACUUCGAAGAGGAGGUACAAAAACCUCAAGAUAUGCAUCUGAUAGGAAGAUCAGAAGAGGUGGAAUUCAUUAAAGAAAUACUGACUGGAAAGCAUCCGUUUUCUGGUGUUCUCUUCAAGGGCGAUAACAAGAGCGGAAAAACCUCUCUCCUGGAAUAUUGCCGUGACGAAUGCCUUCAAGAGGACUGCCUACUGGCAUUUGUGACCUUGUACAGUGGAAAGCAAAGGCCCUAUAGUUGUAUAUCAUCGAUAUACAGACAGCUAUUCGAUCAAAUGGGAAAAAUUCAGAUGAGUGAAUCGUCCAUGAAAAGUUUUAAGAGGAAUCUUUGGAACUUCAAUGAAAUCUUACAGGAGAGACUUGUGUUUCAGCCGAAUGAGGUGAGCAACAAAAAAGAGGAAAUAACAACGAUGUUCUGUGAGGUGUGUUCUUCGAAGCCAACGAUAGUAUUCAUCGAUAAUGUUCAAUUUUUGGACAUAAGAAGUUUCGAGAUCAUUAACAACGCCCUUAUAAGUGGAAACAUCAAGUUGAUAAGUGCUGGAACCUUUGAAGAGAAUACUUGGGACACACUGUGGCAAUUUUCGCUCACGGAUGCUGUGAGAAUAGAGGAAUUGGCCCCUCUAGAAUCACAAUACAUAGCACCACUCAUCUGCUGGUUCCUCAAAGUAGUCGGCGUACCAAAAAGAUUGGUGUACUUGGUAGAAAAAAGUUGCGAGGGAAGACCAGGAUGGAUCGAAAGUUGCCUGUUGAAACUGGUGAAUAAUAGCGGUAUAACGAUCGAAUACGUCCUCCUAAAUGAAACCAUGAAGGAAUGGAUGAUAUUCCCUCCGUGCGAAAUGGUGACACCAAAUGAUAUUUGGGACGAAUGCGAAGAUUUCGAAACCAUGAUUACUGACCAACACAUAGUUCCCAUCGUGGUAUUCAGAAGGGACAGAAGCGAAAAUGUGCAAGAUCUAACCCUAGCAGCCAUUUCCCUGGAUCUCUUCGACUCAUUCACCCCUUACGAACAGCUAAUCAUAAAGACUGCGGCCGUAUUAGGAGAAACAUUCACCAGAACUCUGCUCGUCAUCAUGUUGAAAUAUCCGAACGCGAAGACGUUUACACAAGCAAUGAGACAUCUAUUCGAGGAAGAGGUUUUCGAGUGUGGUUCGAAGUACAUAAGCUCGGGUGGAAGAUACAGCAGGCAGAUAACCUGCACCUGCUACCUAUCUCCAGGACAACUAGAGAACAAUGCAGAAGAGUCGAACUUGCCCAAGUUCUCCUUUUGUAAGAAUCUACACUUCAAGAACAAGACGUUGAGAAUGGUCGCCUACGAGCUGAUACCGGCAAAUCAACGGAAAGAACUUCACCUGAAGACAACGGAAGUCUUGGAAAGCCAAAACAAUUCUUGUCCAAACUGUCUCCGAGACGACUCCGCCUUAAUCUUCCGAUUUCAUAAGUUCAACGACAUGGCAAACGAGAGCGAAGGGAAGACGGAACAAUCGGGAUUCAGCAUCAGUUACCAAGAAAAUACCACACAAACAGAAGUCGUCAAAGACAUUAUUCGAGAUAACAUGAAGAUUUAUCAGUUUGAUUUUGCCACUACGAGCAUUGCAUCAAGAAAAGUAUGGGACCCAACGAUAUGCUUCUGCCUAGAAAUUUUAACUAGGGUAUACGGCGAUUUGGUGCAUCACAGUGGUCAAGCUGGUCAUGCCAGCAAAACCAUAUUCUUUCUAUACCAGAAUGGGUUGAUACUUUCCCUUCUUGGUGAGCUUGAAGAUGCCGUUGAGGUUUUGAAAGAAGCGAGCGAACUAUGUAUCAGGCACAUCUACGCCAAAAGUAGAGUCAAACUCUCCUUUGCCAAAUACGUAUUCGUCAAGAUAUGCUCUCUUCUUGCCGAGAUCUACUUUGGGCUGAACAACUGGAAGGCUGCUAAAAACUACUGCAUGCUCACCUUGAGACAAUUUGACAUACCCAUGAUAUCGCUGUGCUUCGCAGGGCGCGUCAGAAUAUUCAGCAGGCUCUUCGCUAAUCACGGAAAUCUCAAUCGACACUCCAGAGACUCCGUCGGAAAAUGUCUGUCGGUGAUCAGCAGGAUUUUGGCGGCGGAAGGCAGAUGGAAUCUGGCCGUAAGCGUGGCCAAGAAGAGCCUGGAGCUGGCGAAGUAUUCGAACCCCAACAUCGAACUACUGUGCGACGUCUACAGCACCGCUAUGGAUAUGCACUGCUUCAGGGACAGCCAUUUGUGCGAGCAGCUGGUAAGGAACCUGGGACAAGAGCUGACGCGGCUGUACGGGAACAACCUAACCAGCGAGAUCUUCGCGGUCGCCAAGUUAAUGUUCGUCAUCUUUCAGAUGAAGACUAAAGGCGGAGCUGUUGUGGUCGCAUCCAGAAUGGGAUUCAGGUUAUUCGAGUUGAACAGGUUAUUACAUGCCUAUGUCUUUCAACUAGAAAUAAUACCAAUACUGUGUUUCCUGUUGAUCAUUCAGAAGAGACUAGACGAUGUGGUCUUUACUGCGAAAUAUCUGAAGAACAUGAGCAGAAAAUAUGAUGACAGAGGCGAAAUUGCCUACUUCUUGAUAUGCACGAUGAUGAUAUCAGAGACAAACUUCUACCUCGAAUCCAUGGAAGCCAUAGAAACAUUCGUCGACAAAUACUUCAUCACCAACAAGACGAGAACCUCUCGGAAUGCUCUCCAAAAUACUCUAGCUAUGUACACAUAUUCCCACCUGCUAAGAAUGGGUAGAACCAACAAGGCAUCCUUGUGGAAACCCUCCUACUGCGUUGGCUGGGAAACGGAUAGGAGUUUCUUCGAAUUUUGGAACAGGUUGAAGUACGUGGAAAGUGCUCUGAUCCUCUACUGUGGAGACCUAUUAUCCAAAAACAACAUACCGGAUUUCACACCUCGGAAGAUAAAGCAUCUUCUGAGUGAGUGCGGCAAGCAGAUCGACAUUUGGAGGAUAUUCUUCCCAAGGUAUCUACACAUGAUGGCGUACUACAAGAAGUUAACAGGCAGGAAAAAACGAUGGAUAGAGUUAUUGAAAUUGGCUAGUGAGGAGGCGAAAAAGACGGGUAAUAUAUUGGAGGAGUGCUGGAUUUCGCUAAGUGAGAAUUAUUGGAGAGGGAAUUAUUACUCACCAGAAGGAUAUGGACCGGUAUUCUGGCGUUCCGCCCAUUUUUAUGGAAAGGAACAAUGGUCAGAGAUGAUGUAUGUUCUGCCUAUACAUUAGGACUGGAGGGCCAGUAUAUAGUAACAGUUAGAUUUUAAUGAAACUGAAUUGAUAAACUAUUUAUUUAGUAUAUUCUCCACUUGUAUUUUCAUCUUUUGAAGUUAAUCAUAAAAUAUGUUUCCUAAUUUAUUGUACGAUAAUUAUGGAUAUUUUUACGUUCUCGAAGCUUUUGUGAAUUGUAGGAAGAAAGAAGAAUUCUUAUAUAUGCAUAAUUAUUGUUACUUAAAAAUUAUAAAUAAUAAUGA